AUGCUAUUGUCAGCGCAAUUGGUGUCUUUGACUCUCGCCUUGUCGGCGUCGGCGGCCAUAUUCCCCAAGGACACGACGGUAAAGAUGUUGGAUGCGAAAGGAUUUAAGAAGGCUAUGAAGGCGAAUCAAACUAGUGUUGUCGCGUUCGUCGCGCCGUGGUGUGGACACUGUCAACGCAUGGCGCCGGAGUAUAGCAGAGCUGCACUUGGACUAUAUCCUCUAGUGCCGAUGUACGCCGUAGACUGCGACGAGCAGCAAAACAAACGUCUAUGUGCUGAGCAGGGUGUGCAAGGCUUCCCCACAGUCAAGCUAUUCCCUAGAGGCACUCAAAUGAGCCCGAUUACAUAUGACGCAGGGGAGCGCACCGCCAGCGCAUUCUUCUAUUGGGCUUCCAGAAGAAUACCGAACACCGUCACGAAACUGUAUCACGUUGAAGAUAUCCCGGGGUGGGUAGAGAAGACUAGCGACAAAAACCGUGUAUUACUACUCACGAAGGAGAAGAAAGUCCCCCUCCUUUGGAAGGUAUUGGGCAACAAAUAUCAGGGCCAGCUCGAGCUAGCGAGUCAUCGUGACCGCCGAGGUAAAAGCUCUGUCAAACUGGGAUACGAAGCUGGGGAAAAGAACCAAGCCAAAGUGCUCGUCUACGCCGCCGGCUCAACCAAACCCGUGCGAUUCGAAGGCAUUCUCAAACACGACUCUCUUUCGAAAUUCUUCGACUCGGUCAUUGACGGAACUGCUGAUCUGACAGUCGCCAACGAGGAGGCCAAGUCGGAAGAAUUCGUACCAGACGAGGAAGAGUUGGAGAUCCAACGAAAGCAAGAGGCCCAGCGAAUUGCUUUGGCUCACGGCGGGUUCUCUGAUUUGAUUGACUUUGAGAAGGCGAUCAAGGAGGGGCAUGGUGCUGAUUUCCAUGAUACACACGGAUUCCCUGGUAUGAUGGGAGAUGUGCCGUAUGCGAAGAAAAAGGAGCCGACGGAGGAGGAGAAGAAGCAGAGUGCGGAAGCUAUCAAGGAGGAGUCGACGACAUCGACUGGCAUGCCUGAGACCAGAAAAGCUGAGGCAACGAGCACGGCAGAUAAACCUGUCGCUACACCUGAGGUCGUUGAUCCUGUCCAGGUCGUAUUUAGCUCGGAGGAGACUCCAAAUCCCGUUGAUGCCGAACGCCCUAAGGACGAGCUGUAG